UUACCUAUCCCCUGUUACAUGUCCCAAAACAAUCUGAACCCUGCAUCGCUCCCAACCCUUAAAGGCAGUUCGGACGGCUGGAUGGCAAGAUUGGCGUCUACCCAUGUACAUUGGGAUACUAACACUCCUUUAAAAUUAUAUCUUGGCGAGAGAGAUGGAAUAAAAAUUGUAUAUCCUGUCCGGUACUAUUUUUUCUCCUCAAGUGAUAGAGGGAAUAAAGUCUCUUUCCAUGGCUCACGGCACCUCGAAGCUCACGCCAUAGCCAUCCAUUAUCGCCACCGGACCUUCGCAUCUACUCGAGUCUUCCCUUCAUUGGGCGCAAUCUAUCACCAGUGCUGCUACCCUUUUCAGUUCUCAGCAGAAAGAAACAAGGACAUCAAGUUACACUGCACAGCUAUGGAAGAACCAGAGGAAGUAACAUUUCAGUUUUUACGAGAAAUUACAGAUGAUUUCUCGAAGGAGCGGAAAGUUGGGGAAGGAACAUUUGGAACAGUUUACAAGGGAGUGACUACAAAUGGCAAUGAUGUUGCUGUAAAGAUAUUUAAAGAUCGCACUUCGGAUCUUGAUGACAGGCAAUUUCGAAAUGAGUUUUAUAAUCUCACGAAGGUAAAACAUAAAAACAUUGUACGGGUUCUUGGUUAUUGCUAUGAAACAAAGCAAACACGUAUAGAGUACAACGGAAAAACAGUACUUGCUGAGGAGACACAGAAAGCACUCUGCUUUGAGUUUUUGGGCAAUGGUACCCUAGAAAAUCAUCUUUUUGAGGAAUCUUGUGGCCAUGAGUGGGAUAUGCGGUACAAUAUUAUUAAAGGGACAUGUGAAGGUUUAAAAUAUCUUCAUAAGGACAGGGGAGAAUCUCUAUUACACUUAGACCUAAAACCUGCCAACAUACUACUAGAUGAGAACAUGGUGCCAAAGAUUGCAGACUUUGGUUUAUCCAAGAUCUUUAGUGACCAACUACCAAGGACCACACAAAGUCCUUUAGGAACACUUGGGUUCCAGCCAGUAGAAUUCAUCCACGGAGGUAAAAUAUCAGAAAAAUUCGACAUAUUCAGCUUGGGUGGUAUAAUAAUAAGGAUAGUGUCAGGACCAGACGGCCACUCCAAAUAUGUAGACGCGCCGGCAGAAUUUAUUGAUCAGCUCAAUUUCUCAGGUCCUGAGAAACUGGAGGAAGAGAUGGGAGAAAUACAGUAAUGGUUCCUUACUUGAAGCAUGGUUCCGCCAAGUAGAGACAUGCACCCAGAUAGCAUUGAAAUGCUU